AUGCAUUCCUCACUCCUUACAAACAUCUUCAUCGCCCUCUCGGUCUUUCAUCUGGUAGCCGCUGGCCCAAACCCUGUUCCUGUUCUCCCCGGCGGCCUCCUCAACACCAAACUCGAAGUCCGCCAAGUCUCCGCCACACCUUCGCAAGCUGAUUUGUGUCUCGACUACGAACGCACAGCCAACAUGUCGACCGUCGGCGCCAACGGCUCUUACCGUACUGUCGUCAUGCAAAAAGCCAACGUCGGUACCCUGACCAGCGCGCGCAUGAUGGAUGCUGCCAUCGCGAAGCUACCUGCCCUCACGGCCGAUGCAGAUCUGAACUCCAGGUGUGGAAACUGGACGGAGAUUGCGCUAGUGGAGGCGGAGAAGAACUUCACUCAGGGCAUCGUGGCACAAUUUACGACCGAGGGGCUGCCUGUUGGCAUCUUGGCUGGACCAGAAGUUUUAGUCAUCGUGGGUGUUAUUGCUACCCUUUUCUCAAUCGUGUGGGUAUUCCCCGGUUAA